AUGGUAGCUGUAGAGAUUUCGGGGAUCGAAUGCUCAAAGAAAGUUCUUCAAGAAGUGAUUGAAAAGAUGGAGAAAACCCGAGCUGAACACCAAUUAUUUCAGCCUUGUGUAGCCUUUGUUCAGGUUGGGAAUCUAGUUGAUGCCAGUGUCUACAUUCGAAAUGCCCAGAAGAAGGCUAAAGAAGUUGGGGUUGAAGUCAAAGUGGUCAAUCUACCUGAAACAACGAUUCAAAAAGAACUCGAAACUACGAUUGAUGAGCUGAAUAAUGAUGACAAGAUUGAUGGAAUUAUUUUGUUGUUGCCACUUGAUUGCACCAAUCAUAUUGAUGCCGAUGAGGUGACGGAUCGAAUUCGAUUGUCAAAGGAUGUGGAUGGGAUGACUAGUGGAAACAUUGGAAGACUUGCAAGCGGUCAAUUGGACAAGAUCACCCUUUCCUGCAGUGCAUUCGGCUGCUUGCGUCUUGUGGAAUAUGCCACAGCCUUUGUUCAGGUUGGGAAUCUAGUUGAUGCCAGUGUCUACAUUCGAAAUGCCCAGAAGAAGGCUAAAGAAGUUGGGGUUGAAGUCAAAGUGGUCAAUCUACCUGAAACAACGAUUCAAAAAGAACUCGAAACUACGAUUGAUGAGCUGAAUAAUGAUGACAAGAUUGAUGGAAUUAUUUUGUUGUUGCCACUUGAUUGCACCAAUCAUAUUGAUGCCGAUGAGGUGACGGAUCGAAUUCGAUUGUCAAAGGAUGUGGAUGGGAUGACUAGUGGAAACAUUGGAAGACUUGCAAGCGGUCAAUUGGACAAGAUCACCCUUUCCUGCAGUGCAUUCGGCUGCUUGCGUCUUGUGGAAUAUGCCACAGGCGAUUCUAACUACAUCUCCGGCAAAAACGUGGUCAUUUUGGGGCGGUCGAAGAUUGGCGGCUGUCCAUUGUCAUCGUUGUUCUUAUGGUUUCAUGGGACAGUUACCGUUUGUCACUCGGAAACACCAUACAUCAAAGAUCACUGUCAAAAAGCCGAUAUUUUAGUGGCUGCCAUCGGACAGAAACACUUUGUAAAAGGUGAUUGGAUCAAGCCUGGAGCUCUUGUCAUUGACGCCGGCUUCAAUGUUGAAGAGGCCAAAGAACCGAAUGGGAAGAGUCAGUUUUUCGGGGAUGUAGACACCGAAGCAGCUAAGGAGAUUGCUGGCUACAUCACUCCAGUGCCUGGUGGUGUUGGGCCGAUGACCGUUGCCAUGCUCAUUUGGAACACUGUCGAAUUGGCUAUUAAACGGAAAUUAAGCCAGAAUAAG